UUGGGCUUGGCCGUUGGGGUGUGGGGUGGACUAGUUGGAGAUACCCUGUCUCAGAAGGAUCGUCAUUGAUUAGCUUGAGUCGGCACUUAGGGGUAUUGGAGUUGUGCUCCGCGUGUCUCUUCCAAUAAAUAACGGACGAUAGCCAUAUCUUGGGACGGAUCCUUUCGCCACUCUACCCCGGCUACUUAUGAAGGAUUCGGGCACUCCCCACGACAAGAUGGAGACUUCAGAGAAAACAGCGGCGGACCAUGCAGGCGUCGUCGAGUCUGCCCCGGAGCUGAAGUUGGACAAGCAUGGCCUACCGCUUGUCCCCCAGCCGUGCGAUCGAAAAGAUGACCCGCUGAACUGGUCCUUUGGACUCAAGCUCUCGGUCCUUCUCCAGGUCUCGUUCCUGGCCCUGCUCGGCCCCAUGUCCGCUGCAGUCAUCAACCCAGCUUUCGUGCCCCUCGGCCAAGCGUUCGGUAUCACUACGGUCGAGGCCUCAUAUGAGUUGACCAUAUACGUCAUCUUCGGCGGCGUCGGGCCCCUUCUGAUCGUCCCCCUCGCGAACACGUACGGGCGUCGACCGGUUUAUCUCGGUGGCAACCUCCUCGCGGCAGUUACAAACGUCGCGGCUGGCUACUGCUCAACCUGGUCGGGCAUUUUGGCGACGCGCGUGUUCAACGGUAUCGGGGCCGGUAGCACCGUCGCGAUUGGAGCAGCAACCAUCUGCGACCUGUACUUCCUCCACGAGAGAGGCCUUUACAUGGGAGUCUACACCUUCUUCUUGACGAACGGCCCGCAUAUUGCGCCCCUGAUUGGAGGCUUCAUUGCUCAGAACCUUGGCUGGAGAUGGUGUUUCAGGAUCCCGGCCUUCAUCCAACUGGCUGUAUUCGUUGUCAACCUCCUCUGUCUCCCCGAGACCCUCUACAGUCGCCGACCAGACUCGCCGGGUAAUGCUUCUCCCGAGAGCUCUCGCCUCGACCUUCUCCUCUUCCGCUCUAAACACCUUCCUCAGCGGAAGGUCCGUCCACGCGACUUCGCCCGGCCAUUCACCAUGCUACGGUAUAUCUGCGUCACGAUCCCCGCCAUCUACUACAUGACGUCUUUCGGAUAUGGCACGGUCAUCUUCGCGGCCACCGGCUCGGUCGUCUUCCGUGAACAUUACGGAUUCAACGUCGCGCAGACGGGCUUGAUCCUCAGUAUCCCGCUCCUCAUCGGAUGUCUCAUCGGCGAGGCAAACGCCGGCUGGUUCACGGACUGGCUGGUGUAUCAGCACUCCAGACGGAACGGAGGAAAGCGAAGUCCCGAGCCGCGGCUGGACGCACUAUGGCUUGCCUUGCUCCUCCCGAUCGGGACCAUCAUCCAGGGAGUCUGCAUCAGCCACGCAAAGACGACGAGCUGGGUCGGUAACGCGUUUGGCAUGGGCAUUUCGUGCCUGGGCUUGCAGGUGGCCACAACGGUGGUUUAUACGUAUUGCACUGAUUGUUACAAGCCGCAAAGCCCCGAAAUCUCUAGCGUCCUGAACCUCUUCCGGCAGGUCUUCAGCGCCCUCAUCUCCUUCUACGCUGUUCCAUUGGCGGAGAAGAUCGAGUUCCAAUACGCAUGGCUGGUUUUCUCCUUGAUCAACAUCGUCUUCCUGCUGCCAAUGGUGUGGUUGCGGCUCUACGGCGAGAGGAUUCGGUCGGCCAGUUGGCAGUUAGCCCCGAAUUACCACAAUGAUAUCUAGUCGUGGCGGCAGUAAUGGACAAGGGAAAGAAGUGGAUGAUGAAGAAGUAGACGAGGUAUAAUGAAAGGGAAUAUGGAAUCGAGAGGAAAAG